AUGGAUUUGCAAGUGUCAAGUCCAACCUAUUUCUAUGAUACUGAUUAUGGUAUUUCAGCACCCUGCCAAAAAACCAAUGUGAAACAAAUUGCAGCCCAGCUCCUGCCCCCACUCUACUCUCUGGUAUUCAUCUUUGGUUUUGUGGGUAACAUGUUGGUCAUUCUCAUCUUGAUAAGCUGCAAAAAGCUGAAGAGCAUGACUGACAUCUACUUGUUCAACCUGGCCAUCUCUGAUCUGCUCUUCCUGCUUACUCUCCCAGUCUGGGCUCACUAUGCUGCAAAUGAGUGGGUCUUUGGAGAUAUAAUGUGUAAAUUAUUCACAGGGCUCUAUCACAUUGGCUAUUUUGGUGGAAUCUUCUUCAUUAUCCUCCUGACGAUUGAUAGGUACUUGGCUAUUGUCCAUGCUGUGUUUGCUCUAAAAGCCAGGACAGUCACCUUUGGGGUGAUGACAAGUGGACUCACUUGGGUGGUGGCUGUGUUUGCCUCUCUCCCAGAAACAAUCUUUACCAGAUCCCAAAAAGAAGGUUUUCAUUAUACAUGUAGUCCUCAUUUUCCACACACCCAAUAUCAUUUCUGGAAAAGUUUCCAAACGUUAAAGAUGGUCAUCUUGAGCCUUGUUUUGCCCCUACUUGUCAUGGUCAUCUGCUACUCAGGAAUCCUCCACACCCUGUUUCGCUGUAGGAAUGAGAAGAAGAGGCAUAAGGCUGUGAGGCUCAUCUUUGCCAUCAUGAUUGUCUACUUUCUUUUCUGGACUCCCUACAACAUCGUCCUUCUCCUGAUCACCUUCCAAGAGUUUUUUGGACUGAAUAAUUGCAAUAGUUCUAAUAGACUAGACCAGGCCAUGCAGGUGACAGAGACUCUUGGAAUGACACACUGCUGCAUCAACCCUGUCAUUUAUGCCUUUGUUGGGGAAAAAUUCCGGAAUUAUCUCUCAGUGUUCUUCCAAAAACACAUUUUCAAACGCUUUUGCAAGCACUGUCCAAUCUUCCAGCAAGACAAUCUUGAUCGUAUAAACUCAGUCUAUACCCGGUCCACAGGGGAGCAGGAAGUUUCUACUGGUUUAUGA